AUUUUCUUCAACGACUAUAAAUUGAUACCUCUUUUUCCAUUCUUUGAUCGGUCGUUUAGCUUCCCCGCUUGCUGAGAUGGUGGUGGAUAUGAUGUUUUCCAUGGGUAACAGCGGGGAACGGUGCCAUGUAGGUGCUAGAAAGUUUGGAGGUGAGGAUGAUGGGUUUGGUCAUGCCCUCACGGGCGAACACGAUCUCCAUGAAACGAUCGCAGCGGCUUAUCGCCGUAUGUCUCGGGACGAACUCUGUCUCCUCCUCUCGCUACGCUCCCUUCCAACAUGCGGCGAACUCGUCGAGCUCGCAUUCAGACUAGCAGUGCACGAGCUAUCCCACCGCACUGACCUCUCUUUACAACGACACCAUACCCCCCGCUUUACACCCCCGCUCUCGACCUCAUCCUCCUUCUCCGAACACCCUAACCAGAUCAACAAUACUGAUAACAGUAGCAAUGGCGAUCGUGACGUUGAUAUGGACGCCCACAAGCCUAGCAAUAUCUCGCUGCACAUUGAUACCCCUUCUCCACGAAAUACUAAUCUUCCUGUGCUCCCGCCCGAGCUGUGGGCGGAUAUAUUCGAAACAUUGAACGAUUGGGAAUUGUCUACUGCAUUAGGAAUCCGUACGAAGCUUCGGCGAAGCGUUGAUUGGGCUGUGAACGGGAGGAGAUUGGAUUAUACAAUUCUCUCUGGGUCGGUGGAACACGUCACCCGCUUUCUAGAGGUCUACCCGGCUGAGAAGUUUACAAAGUUUGGGGCAAAAUGUAUGUUACGCUUCGCAUACACUGAUCUCCUCACCUUUUUCUGGACAAACUACCGCCACGACUUUCUAAGAGUCUACUCCGAGCCGUCCCUCAAAAUUCCUACUCUCGCAUCUCACUACGGCCAGCCAAAGGUCCUCACCUGGUGGCUCGAAGCCUCAUCCCCUGACCUCCCCAACUCGUUUCCGAGAGAAUAUGAUGAGGAACCCCUUAACGAUGCAUCAAGGGAAGGUCACAUCCACGUUCUCCAAUGGUGGAAAUCUUCAGGCCUUCCUCUCCGCUACGGUCUAGUAAUGGACGUCGCCUCCUCUUUUGGCCACCUCGCUGUUCUUGAAUGGUGGAAAAACAGCGGUCUCACGCUAAACUACCUUCACGCGCUCAAGGGAGCUUCCUACCGAGGUGAAGUCGAAGUCCUAGAAUGGUGGAAGAAGAGCGGCCUCAGACUAGUUUACGACAAAGAGGUUCUUGUUGAUGCCACAAAGUUCAACCGUCCUGAUGUCCUUCAAUGGUGGAGCAGUUCUGGCCUUAGAGUCGAAUAUUGCGUAUGCGAUAUAGAAGCUGCGCUUGAGGACGCCAUCGGUGGCGGAAAGGAGGCGAGAGAUUGGUGGGUGCGUAGAGGGUUUAGAUUUGAUGUUCCGGUUACGGAGUGGAUGGAAUAUAAGACGCUUUGA